GUACCGGGUAUCUCGUUUGGUCGUGUGAUAUGGCAGAAGACGGGAAGUUCCGAAUUGAGAAGUUCGAUGGUACAGAUUUCAGUUGGUGGAAGAUGCAAAUUGAAGAUUUGCUGGUUCAGAAAGAUUUGGACGUGGUUUUAGGUGACAAGCCAGAAAAAAUGUCGGAUGCAGAUUGGGCAAGUUUGGAUCGGAAAGCUAUGUCCGUGAUCCGUCUCUCAUUGACCAAGAAUGUUGCGUUCAACAUUCUGAAGGAGAAGACAGCGAAGGGAAUUAUGGACGCGCUCUCUAACAUGUAUGAGAAGCCAUCUGCAGCGAAUAAAAUUUUUCUGAUUAGAGAGCUGGUGAACACAAAAAUGAAAGAAGGCACUUCAGUUACCGAGCAUAUCAACAAGUUGAAUUCGAUCUUAGCCAGACUAUUGUCAGUGGGCAUUAAGUUCGAUGAUGAAGUUCAAGCUUUACUACUGCUAUCGUCUUUACCUGAUAGUUGGUCCGGAACGGUUACAGCAGUUACCGGUUCAGUGGGACCUGAUGGAUUCACCUUUGAUCAGGUUCGAGAUCUCGUUCUUGGCGAGGAUGUCAGAAGAAAGAGUUCGGGGGAGUCAUCUGGUGAAUUGCUUCAUGUUGGUAGAGGCAGAAGAAAUAGCAGAGGUAGUGGGAGCAAGAACAGACAAAGGAGUCAGUCGAAGACUCGUGACAGCUCAGGUGUAACGUGCUGGAAAUGCAAGGAGGUAGGGCAUUUUAGGAAUCAAUGUCCGAAUGAUAAGAAAGUAAACAUUGCUCAAGGCUCUGCGAGUGACGAGGAGGUCGCUCUGACUUGCUGUGAGGAAAGCAAUGUGGAUUCCUGGGUCAUGGAUUCUGGUGCUUCAUUUCAUGCCACCCACAGCGGUGAAGCAUUGCAGAAUCUGGUUAUUAGAGGCUUUGGAAAGGAUGUCAGAGUUGUUCCAGCCUUGAAGAAAAGUUUGAUUUCUGUCAGGCAGUUGGACGAACAGGGACACGAGGUGAAGUUCAGAGAUGGGCAGUGGAAGGUCGUGAAGGGAAAUCUUGUCAUGGCCCGUGGAAAGAAGAGAGGUUCGUUGUACAUGGUCGGGUUACCAUCUGAGGGAGUGACCGUCCCAGUUCAGAAGAGAAACAAAGUCCGGUUCACAGAGUCUCAUGGGCAGAAUAAGGUUGUCUAUGCAAGAGAGAAACCUAGAGCCACAGGUCAGACUCAGGAUGAACGAGCGUGGAAAGGUUCAAGGGGGCUAGUCAGAGGUAUUUGUGGCAGUGGGAGCUCAAGAGGCGCUUCAGCCAAGUUGCCUAGAAGACAGUGGGUCAGGAGAACCAGUAUUCCAGCUGUUAGAACAUCUCCAGAAAAUUUCUUGCUAAGUAUGGAGAGUGUUUGUUCUCAGGAUGUUCUAGGAUCCGGCAGUGUGCAUCUGCAGUGGGAGCCGGUAGGGACCGAGGACGAGUCAGGGGCAGUUUUUGCCGUGACUGAUGUGUUGGAGCUUGGGAGAGCUUCAACGGGCCUUUCAGUUGUCUGAUGAUAGGGCCGCUGCAACAGGAGAGCUGAGGAAGAUUACUCGAUGUACAGGGAAUCGUGGUGGAUGGCAGUUGAUGACUAUCAAGCCUCCAAGUGGGAGAAUGUUGGGUUUGUGGAGGCUUGGGCUUGACUUUUGGGCCGGCCCAUUUUACGAAACCCUAGAUGCACUCUUCCUAUAUAUAUUGCAUACUUGUACUUGUAAUCGACACCACAAGUGAAAUAAGAAAAUCCUCCUGUU